GUUUUCUUCGCCUUGCAAAUUUUAUUCCCUUUUAUUUUCCCAAUUAGAUUAUACUAUAGCUCCUUCACAUAGUUCUUGAGAUUUAGGAAUGAGCGACCAGAACCCCACCACAGAUGGCGGGCUUGCUUCGGCCGAAGAGCGCGUCAACGAGAGGCUUCGGGCGGACAGCAAAUUCCCGACGCUUACAGAGCUUCUCCACACUUCUUCUUCCAGCGAGUACUCGCAGGCCAACCCGGCCUCCUGGCAGAUAGUGACAAAGCAGCGGUUGAUUGCGCUGCCAGACGCCUUGUUUGAGCAGUACGACCUGUUGGAGUGCCGGUGUUUCAUGGGGCUGUUUCCAGAGAUCCAGCGGGCGUGGAUUACAGUGGACCACCGGCUGUUUCUGUGGAACUACGAGGACGAGUCGGACUUUUACUCGUUCGAGGACCAGGAGCAGAUAAUUGUCAGUGUGGCGCUGGUGAAGCCCAAGCCGGGUGUGUUUAUCGACUCGAUAAAGUACGUGUUGGCGGUGGCGACGCCGCUGGAGGUGUUUCUGCUGGGCAUUAAAUACGAGGAAGCGGGACGCGGCGGCUCCGUAUCGCUGUUUGCGACGCAGAUUAGCGUGCCGGCUGACAGCGUGGCGAUGACCAGCAUGGUGGGCACAGAGGCAGGGCGGAUCUUCAUGGCAGGCAAUGACGGCGGGCUGUACGAGUUCGAGUACCAGGCCGAGGACAGCUGGCUGCGGCGGCGCUCGAAGAAGGUCAAUCUGACGGCCAGCGUGGGGUCGUAUUUCCUGCCGUCGUUCUGGCACAUGCACCGCGAGAAGCCAGCGCUCAGCAUGGCGGUGGACAAUGAGCGGCAUCUAUUGUAUGUGCUGCUGCAGGACGCGUCAAUCAAGGUGUUCUGGCUGGGCCAUAAUGGCGGGGAGUUUGUGCUGGCGCACCACCACAAGACGGUGGGCAAUGCAGCGGCGCUGCUGUGUCCACAGAUCAAUGAGGGCCGCGAGCUGGAGGUGGUGUCGAUGCACGUGAUUCCUACCAGCGAGUCGCGCGCCAUCCAUCUGGUGGCGGUGACGGCCGGUGGCUCACGGCUGUACUUUUCGACGCUGCCGCGCGUGCAGUGGUACAGCGCAAAUGUGCAGAUGCCCGCGGUGUUUGAUCUGGUGCACGUGCGGCUGCCGCCCGACAGCCGGCCAGUGGCCAUGCAGCUACCGCAUCUGCGGGCGCCCACGCUUUCAGUGCACUGCUCGUUGUAUAGCCACGGGACAGUUCUUUUAGCCCACGAGCUCAACGACGACCACGACGCGAUCCUGGCCGGGGCGCCGGACUGCGCUUUGGCGUUGCGGCGCCAGGUGACGCAGCCACGGCAGAUUCUGUGCGAGUUUGCGGCCGAGUCGCGGAUCGAGGGCCGCACAUGGGCGAUGGCCGAGCUGGCGGGCGACGAAAACACGAAUGAUCUGGCCACGGUCUCGGGCAUCCCAACGCGUCAUUUCGCGGUGCUCACCAAUGCUGGCGUCAGCGUGCUGGCGAAGCAGCGGCCCGUAGAUAUGUUCCGGGCGCUGAUUACGCAGCCGGCGCUGCCCGAGGCGCAGCUGAAGCAGUUUGUUGAUGCGUUUGGUCUGGCCGAGGUCUGUGCCAUGUGCUUUACCAUUCUGUGCACUGACGAUUUCACACAGACCAGCGCCCAGGCCGUGACUGCCGCGCGUCGUAUGCUGUUUGAGUUUGGCGGCAUCCCGCGCUACGCCGAAACGAAGCUCUUGUUUGAACCCCCCACGGCUCCAACAGUUCCAUUGUCGGAACAGCCGGCAGCGCAGCGCAAAAUCGAGCUGAGCGGGCGCCAUGACGGGCUGGUGAUCUAUGUCUCGCGCAUCCUGCAGCCCGUGUGGCAGGAGCUGGCCACAGUCCUGCGAAAGGACGCCAUGAACAAGCACCAUGUGGAAAUCGGCAUUGACGCUGCGCGGCUCCUGGGCGUGCAGCAAAGACUGCAGAGGCUGCAACAUUUCCUGACCACCAACCAACGGUUCGUCCCGGAUCAGAUCAAUCAGCUGGCCGAAUCCCUGCAGCAGACGCCCGAGGGCAAUGUCAGUGCGUGCUGGCAAGCCGAGGCCCAGUCCCUGGCGUCCCUGUAUGAUCUGGUGGUGCUGGCCAUCGAGACCAUCUCGCUUUUGAGCCUGAUCCAGGACUUUGAUCUGCCGAGGAUUAGCGCCGAGGCCAUGAGCUCGGAAAAGCGCUCGGAACUCAGCGACCUGAAGUUCCACACCCUGGUGUGCACCAAGGGCGGCCGGGAGGCGUGCCGUGCAUUGAUUGUGGCGGUGAUCAAUGCCCAGAUCAAGCAGCAUUCCAGCAUUGCCAGCAUCAGCGAUGCACUGCGCUUGCGCUGCGCCAGCAUCUUCUCUGCCCAGGACGUCUCCCUAUACAAGGCCAUGGAGCUGCUGAAUCUGGCGUCGGAGGCGAGCGAGCCGGCAGAGCAGCGCGAGCUGGCUAAUAAUGCGUUGGAGCUUUUGCGCGAUAUCUCGGGCACUUUGGUUCUGGACAAUGUCCGGUAUGUGUUUGGACGGUUUGUCAAGCUCAAUAUGCGUGCGCAGGCCGUCGAUUUGGCAUUGAUGUGCGCCAAGGGCGUGGACCCGAAAGACCAGGCCCUGGCGUUCUGGCGCGACCGGGCGCCCGCCAACGACAAGCGCCAAGAACUGUACGAGUUCCGCACCUCGUGCUACCAAUUGGUUCUGGAUGAUCUUGCCGAGACCGCCAAUGUCUCCAUGCUGCGCCUUUUGCCUACUGACGACGCGCUGUUCUGCUUCCGCCUGUACGACUGGCUGCUGGACCGCGGCCAGACCACCACCUUGUAUGAACUGGGUGGACCGCUGCUGGAGGAGUAUUUCGCGGUGGCCGACCAGCGCGACAUGCUCUGGCACUUGUACGUGCACGAGGGCCGGUUUGCCAUGGCCGCCGUGGUGCAGCGCGACUUGGCGUGUCAGCCCGGCGAUCUAAAGCUGGCUAGACGCAUCGAGUACCUGUCGUUGGCUAUCAGCAAUGUGAAGAUUGCCAUUGACCAGAUGGACAAGGACGACGAGGCCUCCGACCAGCUCGCGCGCGUUUUGCGCGAGACCGAAGACAUGCUGGAGGUUGCCCAGACGCAGAUGGAGCUGCAGCGCCUGGCACAAAGCCACACGGAGGUGGCCAAGAGACUGGACCGGCAGCUGUAUGACGUCAGUGCCUUGUACCAGGACUUUGCCGAGCCCCUGCAGCUGCCCGAGGCCAAGCUGCUGAUCUUCAAGGUCUCGUGUCAUGAUGACCCGGAGCAGGUCGCCGAGGUCUGGGAGGAGCUUUUGCGGAGCACAUUGUCCGACCCGCUGCGCACCGGGCUGAUGGCCGUGGCUGCAAAGAUCUCGGAGCUGGUCCCCCGCCUGCUGCCCUCGUCUAGUGCAGUGCCGGUGAAUGGGCUUGUUGCGGUUCUGGUUAGGCUGGCGAACGAGCGGCCGGCGGAGUAUGUGCCGGGCUAUAUCUGCGACUCCCUGGUGUUGGCGGGCGUGCCGUACCAGGCGGUGUUUGAGUCGCUGGUGCGCGUGCAUCGCAGAUUGGCUGGCGACCCGAGCCUGGCUGAGAUGCUGGUGCGCGAGGUCGUGUAUCUGGCUGGGGCCUGGCUUGCCAGCGCCGGUGAGGAUGUGCCGACUAUGUAUGUGGAUGAGGUCAUCAGCCAGUACAUUGUCCAGGCGAAUGUUGCCAAGAACCAGGCGCUGCAGAGCGACUUGCUCAAGGCGCAGGAGAAGGUCCGCCAGGUGCUCUGAAGGGUCAUUUUUAACAUAUAAAUCGAUUUUGUGCUUUUGGCUUUUUGGUAUCUACGAAGAAAGAAGGCUAUGGCCUUGCUACAGACU